ACGCUAAUUGCAUUUGCCAACAAGUGGCUGACGCGAGAAGGUCGCCAUUGAGUAGAGCGCUAGUCUGAAGCAUUUACAACUGGAAAUGAAACUGAACUGAGAGCUACUAAACCGCAGCAGCUGCAGUGUACAAAGCCACUUGCAUUUAACAAUAUUCUGGAAACAAUAUUCGUAGUUGUGUGGACUGACUGUAUUUGUAUUUGUAUUUGUAGUGAAAAGUGCACUACAGUGGGAGAGCAAUGCAAGUGCGCACAAAGACCGCAAAUAAAACAAAAACGUAUAAAGCGAAAAAAACUUAAAAACAUAUUACAGCAUAUUUGAAUUAAAUUAUAAUCGUUCAGCUGCUGUGCUGUAAUACUUGAGUGCAUUGUGCAAGCGCGUUUCGUGCCAGCGAGUGGCGGCUGCAACGGCGGCGGUGAUUACAUCCCUGAGCGCCGCACAUUACGAUGAAGCGAGCGAAUGUUUUGUGGUUCCGCCAUGGCUUGCGUUUGCACGAUAAUCCAGCGCUGCUGGAGGCUGUUUCGGACAAGGCAGAGGGGGUGGCACUGAUACCGCUUUUCAUUUUUGAUGGCGAAAGUGCAGGCACCAACACGGUUGGCUAUAAUCGCAUGCGUUUCUUAUUAAACUCUUUGGCCGACAUAAAUAGUCAACUACAGGCCCUAGGCAAUACUGGUGGCGAUUUGGGUAAACUGUAUCUGUUUCAAGGCAACCCUACGGCUAUUUUUCGACGCUUGAAUGAGCACUAUCAGCUGAAUAAGAUCUGUUUCGAACAAGAUUGUGAACCAAUUUGGAAUCAGCGUGAUGACUCGGUGCGCGCCUUGUGCAGCGAACUAGGCAUUGAGGCUGUGGAAAAGGUCUCACAUACGCUAUGGGACCCGCGCACCGUCAUUAGUACGAAUGGUGGAAUACCACCGCUAACAUACCAGAUGUUUUUACACACCGUGGAAAUAAUUGGCUUGCCACCGCGUCCAGUCGAGGACCCCAACUGGGAUGGCGUUGAACUUUUGCAACUACCCGAGAGUCUGCUCAUGGAAUUGAACGCCUUUAGACAGUUCCCCAUACCAGAGGACUUUAACAUCUUUCCGGAUAGCGUGUGUUAUGUAGCUAAAAUGCAGUGGCAGGGUGGCGAAAAACAGGCCCUACUACAACUUGCCGAACGUCUUAAAGUCGAGGAGCACGCCUUCAAAAAUGGCUAUUAUCUUCCGAAUCAGGCACGUCCUAACAUAGUCGAGUCUCCGAAAUCGAUGAGCGCACAUCUACGCUUCGGCUGUUUGUCAGUGCGCCAUUUCUACUGGAGUGUACAUGAUCUCUUCAAAAACGUACAAAUGCAAGCUUUCUACCAGGGCAUUCAUAUGACUGGCGGCGAACACAUCACGGGGCAGCUCAUUUGGCGUGAGUACUUUUAUACUAUGUCCGUAAAUAAUCCUAAUUACGAUCGCAUGGAGGGAAAUGCGAUCUGCUUGAGUAUUCCAUGGGCCAAGCCAGUUGCCGAUCAGUUGCAACGUUGGCGCAGCGGUCAUACGGGUUUCCCGCUAAUUGACGCGGCGAUGCGUCAAUUGCUGGCCGAAGGUUGGUUACACCACACGCUGCGCAAUACGGUGGCCACUUUCCUGACACGUGGCGCACUCUGGCAAAACUGGGAGCACGGCUUGCGGCACUUUCUCAAGUACUUGUUGGACGCUGAUUGGUCGGUUUGUGCAGGCAAUUGGAUGUGGGUUUCAUCGUCAGCAUUUGAGCGCCUACUGGACUCCUCAUUGGUAUCAUGUCCGAUUGCCUUUUCGAAGCGACUCGAUCCGAAAGGCGAAUACAUAAGGCAGUAUGUGCCAGAGUUGGCAAAUGUGCCGCAGGAAUAUAUUCACGAACCUUGGCGCAUGCCUCAAGAGCUGCAGGAGCGCUAUGAGUGUCUAGUUGGUGUGCACUAUCCUGAGCGUAUUGUCGACUUGGCUAAAGUAUCCAAACGGAAUACACUCGCUAUGCAAGCGCUCAGACAUUCAUUGAUUGCCGAAGGCGCACCAGACGAAGGACCACCCCACUGUCGUCCAUCCAACGAGGAUGAAGUGCGUCAAUUCUUUUGGUUGGUCGAUUGAGCGGCGAAGAUCUUAUCUAAAUAGUAGAAUGAAUCGAAUUUUAUGUGUAACCAAAAAAAUUAUAUUGUGGAUUGGAUUAGACACUACAUACUCAGCAUGAAAUAUGUGUAAACCAAAAUUAUUCAAAGUAAAUCUGAGGUAUUCCU